AUUGGUGGGCGUAUGUAUUAGCAACAUCAACAAAAGGGAGAAUAGAGAAAGGAGACGGACCGCAGGAAAAACACAAGACUACACCACCCAAAUACAACAGAGAUGUGGAUCUAAUUUGCUUUAACAGUGAGAAGACGAGAGUGCCAGCUGAGACAUGGAUGCCUUCAAACUGAUGAAGGAACUGCGGGCCAACUAUGAGCUGGAGGUCUAUUAUCUCCCCAAGGAGACAGGCCUGAGUCUCAUUGAGUCCACUAAUCAGAAGGACGGGCGGAUCUCAGCCAAGUGCAGAGAUGCCAAAGUGGAGGACUUGUGGAGUCUGACCAGCUUCUUUGGCUACAGCACGCAGACCUUCGUUCUGGCUGUGAACCUGCUUGACAGAUUCUUGGCCAUGAUGAGGAUCCAACCGAAGCACUUGUCCUGCGUCAGCCUGAGCUGCCUCCACAUGGCCGCCAAAAUGACGGAGGAGGAAUGCAACCUCGCGUCCACGGACGAGCUCAUCCGCAUCGGGCAGUGCCGCUUCAGUGUGUCCGACCUCGGCCGGAUGGAGAAGAUCAUCACUGAGAAGCUCGACUUCAAGUCCAAAUCUGUCACAGCCUUGACCUUUCUGCACUUGUACCAUCGGAUUGCACUAUCUCACUCCACGCAUAAUCAGCGGUGGGUCAUGUGGGAGACGCGGGAGGCGCAGCUCAAGGCCUGCCUGUGCCGGAUCUCCUUCUCCAAAGCCAAGCCGUCUGUCCUGGCCUUGUCGCUCCUGAGGCAGCAGAUCGAAGCCAUUCAGUCGCAGGACAUGUUGGAAAUAGCCCGUCACAUCCAGAGACACCUGAAGAUUGCAGACAGCGAGCUCCUGUUGUGGCGCGGCCAAGUUGCUCAGUGCUUGUCGGACUACGCCUCUCCGGAGUGCAGCAAACCCAAUCAUAGGAAACUGCAGUGGAUCGUGUCGCGUCGGACCGCCCAGAACCUACACAGCAGUUACCGCAGCGUACCCGAACUGCCCACCAUCCCCGAGUGCUGCUGGGAUGAGAGCGAGAGUGAGGACUCCUGCGAGGACAUGAUGAGUUCGGGCGAGGAGUCCCUCAGCAGCUCACUGGGCAGCGAUGGCGAAGGGCCCUUUUUUCCAGCUCACCUCCGCCACCAAUACCUCAACGCCUGACGUCGCCGUGCCUCACGCCCACCCAGAAUGUUCGACUUUUAAUUUAUUGCCUGAUAAGCUCCGGUGCUCGAAGUGAAUUGCACAACAACUGGCAGCUGAGCAGACGUGCAUUUCUAGAUUUUUUAGUUAGAUGUGUCGGUGGUACAUUCCAAGAUACAGAAUAGGUUUGAAGACACUCUGGUUGGUUGGGGUGCGAGAACUGCUGUCAGAUCAGAGCAAAAAAAAAAAACAAAAACAAAAGAAAAAAGAAAAAAAAAACACUGUUCAGUUGUUGUCAAGAACUUUAAUUUAGCUCAAAUGUGGCAUGCAUAGAAAGUGUUGACUGUUAAUCCAAGAUGAAUUAGUUUACUGAUCCGCAGAAGCCGAGGGCAGCUGCAGUUACAACUAUCUGGAUUUGAUCCGUUUGCAUUUCAAGUCUUUCAUUUUGAACGAGACUUUUUAGAGUUCUCGAUUUUAUUUUUCGUGCAUAUGCAUAUUGAGUGACAAUAUAUUGUGAACUUAAUCUGUUGAAAUUCCAACAAGUCCUGAGACGCGUUGACUCAAAAUAGGAGGCCAUGAAUUUAUUGGACCAUCAGCAGCAGUAAGGAUGGAAACUGGUCAACUAAAUGAGAACAUUCGGAAUUGACUGAAUACUUUUAGUGACUGCAACUGCCCUCGACUUCUGAGUGUGUUCAUUUGCACAGUUUGUAAUUUGUGUUUUGGAAGCAUUUGGUGUCUUUGGGGAAAACGUGUGUGUGUGUGUGAGACAAAUGUUUGUUUUUCUUGACUCUCCUGAGGCCAUUUACUCAAAGUGCAGCAAAGAGCACUUUACUCUCCCUAUAGAGGGUCAAACACUGUUGACUCAUUUGGUGAGUGUGUUAUUUUUUGUGAUAGUGUGCGGGUUGUUUUGGGUUUGUUUGUUUUUUUAAACCCCAAAGUUAAAGUUGCCAAUUUUAGAUGUAGCUUAAAAAAAGGUUUGAAAAUUGUCCCAAAAGAAUGUUGUGUGGAACAAACUGAUGCUGAAUUUAACAUGUUAAAAAAAAAA